CCACGUGGGGGAAGGCAGCAUGGCGGCGGAGGAGGCGGCGGUGGAGGUGCGCGACGUGCAGCGGCUGCUCGUGCAGUUCCAGGAUGAGGGCGGGCAGCUGCUGGGCUCCCCGUUCGACGUGCCGGUGGACAUCACCCCCGAUCGGCUGCAGCUCGUGUGCAACGCGCUGCUGGCGCAGGAGGAUCCUCUGCCCCUGGCUUUCUAUGUCCAUGAUGCUGAGAUCAUCUCCUCGCUGGAGAAGACACUGGAGGAGUCCCAGGCAGUGGAGACAGAGAAGAUUCUUGACAUCAUCUAUCAGCCCCAAGCUGUCUUCAGGGUCCGGGCUGUGACCCGCUGCACCAGCUCCUUGGAGGGUCACAGCGAGGCAGUCAUUUCAGUGGCCUUCAGCCCCACUGGAAAGUACCUGGCCAGUGGCUCUGGAGACACCACUGUGCGCUUCUGGGAUCUCAGCACAGAGACACCACAUUUCACUUGCAAGGGACACAGACAUUGGGUGCUUAGCAUAUCCUGGUCCCCAGAUGGCAAGAAGCUGGCCUCGGGCUGCAAGAAUGGCCAGAUUCUCCUGUGGGACCCAAGCACAGGGCAGCAAGUGGGCAGGACCCUCGCCGGCCACAGCAAGUGGGUCACAGGCCUGAGCUGGGAACCCCUCCAUGUGAAUCCAGAAUGCCGCUAUGUGGCCAGCAGCUCCAAGGAUGGCAGUGUGCGGGUCUGGGACACAACUGCAGGCCGCUGUGAACGCAUCCUCACCGGGCACACCCAGUCAGUUACUUGCCUCCGGUGGGGAGGAGAUGGGCUUCUAUACUCUGCCUCCCAGGACCGCACCAUUAAAGUCUGGAGGGCCCAUGAUGGUGUGCUGUGCCGGACACUUCAAGGCCAUGGUCACUGGGUGAACACCAUGGCACUCAGCACUGACUAUGCCCUGCGCACAGGGGCCUUUGAACCUGCUGAGGCUACAAUUAAUGCCCAGGACCUUCAGGGCUCCUUGCAGGAGCUGAAGAAGAGAGCCCUGAGCCGGUACAACCUGGUGCGGGGCCAAGGCCCAGAGAGGCUGGUGUCUGGCUCAGAUGACUUCACCUUAUUCCUGUGGUCCCCAGCAGAGGACAAGAAGCCCCUCGCACGGAUGACAGGACAUCAGGCCCUCAUCAACCAGGUGCUGUUUUCUCCUGACUCCCGCAUCGUGGCCAGUGCCUCCUUUGACAAGUCCAUCAAGCUGUGGGAUGGCAGGACGGGCAAGUACCUGGCUUCCCUACGUGGCCAUGUGGGUGCCGUGUACCAGAUCGCUUGGUCAGCCGACAGCCGGCUACUGGUCAGUGGCAGCAGUGACAGCACCCUGAAGGUGUGGGACGUGAAGGCCCAGAAGCUGGCCACAGACCUGCCUGGCCAUGCGGAUGAGGUAUAUGCCGUGGACUGGAGUCCUGAUGGCCAGAGAGUGGCAAGUGGUGGGAAGGACAAGUGUCUCCGGAUAUGGCGGAGAUGAAGAGUCCCACGGUUCUCCAACCCCCACUUGUACUCCAUCCCUGCCAGAAAACAAUGGCUGGUGCCAGUGCCCAUGGCUUCCUGACAGACCGCAGCAGUGUCCUACCCAAAGGACCCCUGCCUGUGGUGUGGAGGCGCUAGAAGUUAUUGCUGAACUCGGCCCCAUGGGCACUGCUCUGUUCCUGGUGGUGUUGGCAGUGGUAGGGAGGCCAGGCCCCCUGUGCAGCCUCCGCUGCUGCCCCUACCUCCUCUUCCAAGUGUCAGCUUGGUUCAGGCUCAGUCAGAUCCAGGCUCUAUGGCCAAAUAAAUAACUUAUUUUUAUGUG